AUGCAACAUCUAAUCAAAUACCUAGAAACGCAGGAAUUACCGAAUGAUGAGAAGUUGGCUAAAACCAUACUCUACAUGGAGAACUACUUUGUCCUUGAGAAUAACGUUCUCUACCACUUUUAUGAGCCAAGAACAAAAGGUAAAACUGAUGCUAGCAAAUCAAUUAAACAGUUAUGGCUGCCAGAGACCUUACGUACAGCUGCCCUACAAGCCUACCACGACAACCUAGCUGGAGGAUGUCACUUGGGAAUAACAAGAACGCACAGAGCCCUACAACAAAAGUACUUCUGGCACGGUAUGUAUCAAGACGUACAUGAUUAUAUCUCAUCCUGCGACGUAUGCCAACGAAUCAAACGACCAACAAACCACCUGAACGCACCUCUACAACCACUACCGAUAUCGGACACAUUAGAGACUUGGCACAUAGACUUCCUAUCGUUCAACAAAACAACUGAGGGAUAUCAACAUGUACUCGUGGUUACCGACAGUCUGUCCAAAUGGAUUGAAGCAUUUCCAACCAAAACACAGGAAGCCUCUGAAGUAGCCUGGAUCUUGUAUGCAGAAAUAUUUUCGAGGUACGGAGCACCAGUAACCUUAGUGUCAGAUAGAGGAAAGAACUUUAUGUCUAAGUUGACCUCAAAGUACAGAAUGCGGUGGUAUAUUUUCUUCAUCAUCCUUGUGGCUUCUCUGGUUUCACCUGCGGAAAGUUCCAACAAGAUUAGGCUGAACUAUGGGGUCAUCUUCAAGGAAGAGACCAAGGUACAAUUUUCGAACGAGAUGUGGCUGCAUACAUUUGCGGUUGACAUACCUAAGAGUAUGGCACUUGAAUCGGCAAAUGAGUGUUUUAACUGCACACAAUUUAAUAAGGUUGUUCAAACCAUGAACCAAAUUAAAAUUAGAUGUCAAGCAAGGCUAAAUGCCACUAUUGAAGAACUGUACACGUUAAUUCCUCAAAUACGCCAAGACCGAAAAUCGGGCAAAUCGCCCAGAGCAUUAUUAGGAUUUGUUGGAACAAUUUAUAAAUCUGUCUUUGGGUUAGCAACAGUUGAAGAUGUUAAUGUUUUGGCACAGCAUAUUAAUAGAGUCACAUCGACUGUCAACAAGGUUACCGAAGCGCUAGCUCAACACGGAAAACAUUUGUCGUCUUUUACGGCAACGGUUACCCGUAGACUCGAUAAUAUGGUUCUAGGUGUAAAGCAAAAUCAUGACGCACUUAUUUCUUUAAGCAAUUCAUUACGAAAAGAUAUUACGUUGUUGAAUGAUGCUAUUGACACUGUAUCAACGUUUUUAAUUAACCAACUUAAUGAUGCAGAAACUUUAGAAUCUCAGUUAGAACAAUUCAAGCUAGGUGUAGAAACUUUAGUGCAAGGAAAACUUUCUCCUAUACUUAUUAAACCCGCCCUUUUACAAAAAUCUUUGCGAGAAAUUCAGGGAAUACUAAGCAAAAACUACAGACGAACUUAUAUUUCAUCUACUGAUCCUCAAGUUCAUUAUGCGCACUCUAAAUUUUUCUUUGCACGACAUCGUUCAACUUUGUUUAUUACUUUGAAAAUACCGUUAUCUACUUUUAGAUUACCAUUUACCCUGUACAAAGUUGUUUCCCUUCCAGUUCCUAUUAACUCCUCUUCUAACCAUGCGACAGAAUUACUAAAUUUGCCUGAUUAUAUUGCCAUUUCUAACAAAGCAGAUUACUUUACAGAAGUCAGUAAAUCGAUGAUUGACACAUGUGCAGGUGACACACUCAAACAUUGUUUACUAACAAAUGCACUGACUGCGACUACUAACAACGACUCUUGUCUUAUAUCGCUUUUCAACAAUAACAUAGAAACAAUCAAUAAAACAUGCAAUUUCAGAUUUGUUCAAGAACGAUUAAGUCCUAAAUUUAUCGAAUUAGAUACAUCUUCAAUAAUUGUUUACAAUGUUCCGGAAAUUAUAUACAACUGUAAGCAUAAAGUCGCCAACAUUACAGGUUGCAAAUUUUGUUUAGUUAAACUUCCAUGUUAUUGUUCUUUGACUUACUCUAAUCUCUACUUUCCCGCUCGUUUAACUGCAUGCAAUUCAAGACCCAAACUAAAACCAACUUACUUUCACCCUGUAAAUUUAGCAUUAUUACAGCAGUUCUUCAAUGCAUCGUCUAUAAAAUCUAUCUCAGGUUAUACUAUGUUUCCCGAAGAAGUUAUAAUUGACAUUCCUGCAUUUCAAAUUUAUAAUCAUUCUAUGUCAAACAUUUUUGCUAAAGAUCAAAAAGAGCACUUGAAUUUGAAAAAGAUGGUCAAAGCUGUUAAGCAAGAUUCUGUCAUUUUUCAGUCAUUAGCUGAACCAUUAGCCAAUGGAGAUCUGACGGUACCAACAUCAAUUUUUGACACCUUUAAUAUUUUGACAAUAGUUUCACUGUGUUUAUCAAUAUGUUCUUUUGUUGGUAUUGUUUAUAUAGUGUAUAAGUUUAGAGCACUAUCAGCAGCAUUAUUAUUAACCAAAGCAACUUCAGUCAAAUCAUCUGCGGUUCCAGUGUUUAGAUAUAUAAGACCAGACAAUACACUACAAGAUGACGCAACAUCUACAAAUAUUUCUGAUAUUUUGAGUUGGGACCAUGGCAUUUUCAUCUUAGUAUCCAUUUCAACCCUGUUUAUUGUUAUAAUGGUCAUUAAAUAUCUGCGAAAACAUCGUCACAAUUGCAAAAUAGUUCUUGAAGUUACGACAGGAUCCCUAUGCGCUAUGGUACCUAUUACAUUCUUGUCCUUGUGUCCAUCCUAUUGGGAAAUUACGCCUCCUUCGGAUAUAGAAAACAUUCAAAUUUCGGGAUAUUUUCGGCCAAUCUUAACUCUUCAAUGGGAUAAUUUAGCAAUUAAAAACAAACUUUCAGAAAAGCAAAUUGAAGUAAAAUCUACUAUUUCUCUGUCGUACUGGCAAGCCUACAAACUCCGUAAAAUUCUCAAUCAACCAUUUUGUGCGUAUCUGAUUCUGAUCCAUGAUAACUAUUACUACGCAUUAUCAGACUGA